AUGUUUUCGGACCUCACGGCCAACCGUUGUCUGGAGCUAACAUCCCGACUGCCUGGCAGCAUUGCCAAAAUUUUCCGGCAAUCUGGAGAUGGUGAGGGCUGGUCCGGCUUUUGCUCAGUGUGCAAGAGGCCGCUGGAAGUCAAAAUCGUGGAUCGCAGCCGUGCUCAGCGAGCGAACGAGGUGGCUCCACAUCGGCGCGGGCGCUAUGCCUUUGUGAUUUGUUUGUGGGGCUCUUCCAAGGACUACGUGCUUGGCGCGUUGGUGCUGGGAUAUUCAAUCAAGCGGACCAAGACUCAGAACACAUUGGUUUGCCUGCAUGCCGACGAUGUUCCGCCAGAGUAUGUUGAGCUGUUGCAGUUGUUUUGGGAAUGCCGCGUGGUGGACCAUAUCGAGGUGAAAGCAGCCCGGAGACUGAGCACGGAUGACUACAUCGAGGAGUCGAGGUUUUUCAAAGUCUUUACGAAGCUUCGCGCACUGGAGCAGACAGACUUCGAGAAGGUUCUCGUCAUGGACAUCGACUUGUUAGUGCUGUCCAACAUCGACGACUUGUUCCAAUUCCCGGCUCCCGCUGGAAUGAAGCGCGGGAUGAACAAGGGCCGUUGGCCAUACAAGCACGGUGACGACAUCGACGGCAACACGUUCUUCGGCGGUCGCAACCCAGGCAGUGCGCACUCUUGGGGGCAAGGAACCGGCAUCAACGCGGGGGUGAUGCUUCUCGAGCCCAAUGCUGCCGAGUUUCAGAUCAUGCAGGAGGAACUUCUGGAGCCUUACCACCCAGCCCAUGUCCGCGGAAAUGGACCCGAACAGGACUACCUGAGCCGGUUCUGGGCGGAUCGACCCUGGCGCCAUAUCUCAGUUGAGUACAACUACCAAAUCCAUCAUCUCUACAACGCCCUCCACCCAAUGCUGGGUGAUGUGGAGCGACUCAAGGUGGCGCAGAACUGCAAGAGCAUUCGCGUCAUUCACUACUCCGGGGAUUCGGAAGUGAAGCCCUGGACGCGAUGCUUGGAAAAGUCCUUCGGCUGGCCCAGCCGUGAACAAGAUGAUGAGUACAUGAAGGAGUUUCUCUCCGCCUAUCACUCCUACCUCCUGUGGGUGGAGAAGGAUCGCGACCGAUGGGCGAAGAUGGAAAGGAACAUGUUCGAAGACAGCGGCAUCAAGGGAUUCAGCUUGGGGGAAGAUGGUGUGAUCUACUAUCAAGAAGAGGAAGGAAGUGAGAAGGUGCCAAAGGAGACGUCCUCAGAGGCGAUCCAGACGGCUUUCGAGGCCACAAGGUUCUUCCUCAGCUCGUGGUUCGACACCCUCGAGGCUGCGAACCGGUCUCUCGGCUUCGACCUCUGCGAGCGCCUCAAAGCGGCCUCCCAGACCGAGGUGGCCUUCAAAGGCCCAGUGGGUUUCGUUUCCGGUGGAAUGUGA